CUUACUGAUAAAGCUUCUAUGAGUUACAUUUAAAUACACGCGCAGCAGUUGCUGAGCUGCUCAGUAGGUGGCUUGCAUUACUUUCGGCCAUAUCAACGACAACUUGACUACAAUGCAUUUCGGCGUAUUGGGAAGUGGAAUUAUCGGUCUAACCAGCGCCUUGGAGCUGCAGCAGCAGUUCCCUACGGCACAGGUGUCGAUCAUAGCGGAUCGCUUCAAUGAGGACACAGUCAGCUAUGUGGCUGCGGGCAUCUUUCGGCCGGGCACCAGCUUCAUGGGCCCCACCCAGGAGAUUACACAACAAUGGAUGCGGGAUGCAUUCAACUACUGGGAUGACCUGCGUCGCUCCUCAGAAUCAGCUAUAGCUGGCGUCUGUCAACUGUCCGGCUACAUAUACUCUCGCACCACACCUUCCAUUGUGCGGAAUCACUUUAUAGAGCAACUGUUGCCCAUUUAUCGACGUGCAACAGAGGAGGAGCUGAAGCUGUGCCAGGGCGGCUGGAAGUAUGGCUCCUUCUUUACCACCUGCCUAACGGAGAGUCGUCUCUUCUUGCCCUAUGCCACCCAGAAAUUCCUGUCAAAGGGCGGCCGAGUACUGCGUCAGCAUGUGAGCAGCUUGUUCGAUGUGCCCCAGGACAUAGAUGUGCUGCUCAACUGCACUGGGAUGGGCGCCAAGGAGCUGUGCAAUGAUCCGCAUUUGGUGCCGAUUCGCGGACAGGUGCUGAAGGUGCGCGCGCCCUGGAUUAAGACGGCUUUCUAUGGAGAUUUCGAUACCUAUGUGCUGCCCGGCUUUGAGACUGUGACAUUGGGUGGUUGCCGGCAGUACGACAGCUACAACACGGAGUGGUGCAAGUACGAUAGCAUGGCUAUUAAGGAGCGUUGUUAUGAUCUGUUGCCCAGCUUGAAGAAGGCGGAAAUUGUACGCGAAUGUGUGGGCCUACGUCCGCACCGAUCGGUGGUGCGCGUGGAGCCGGAGCUGCUGACGAAUGCUCAGGGCCGUCGCCUGAGGGUGGUGCACAAUUAUGGACACGGCGGCUAUGGCGUCACUACCGCACCGGGCACCGCCAAAUAUGCGGUGCAGGUAGUGCGUGAUGUGCUUGCUGGCAAUAGUAAACUGUAGCGGGAUUUUUAUUGUAUUGUUGAUUUGUUAAUAAUUAAAAUGUUUAUA